AAGUGCCACAAUUGAAAGAAACCCAACUACAAAAACCCUUCACUCCUCCUUCUCCAUCACCUCCUCUUAAUUUCAAACACUCAAAAACUCUUUCUCUGAAAGAAAAAGAAAAAAAAUACAUUUGUUUCCUAACAUGGCCAGACCACAACAGCGUUACCGCGGCGUCCGACAAAGGCAUUGGGGCUCUUGGGUCUCCGAAAUCCGCCACCCCAUUCUAAAAACAAGAAUUUGGCUCGGAACAUUCGAAACAGCCGAGGAUGCAGCAAGAGCAUACGACGAAGCAGCGAGACUAAUGUGUGGAACAAGAGCAAGAACAAAUUUCCCCUACAAUCCAAACGUGUCACAAUCAUCAUCUUCCAAGCUUCUCUCAGCAACUCUAACCGCUAAACUCCAUAGAUGCUACAUGGCCUCAUUGCAAAUCACAAGACCAAUAUCUAAUCAACAACAACCUCAGAGAGAAUCUGCACAAUCUCUCACCAUCUCCACAAACAAUGCUCCCAUGAAAAACAAUGAAGAAACUGAAACUCACACUACCAUGAGACAUGAUGAAGAGGUGAAAGAAUCAGAGGGAAAUUGGGUUUUCAAGAAAGUGAAAGUUGAAAAUUCUCAGCAAUUUUUUAAGCCUCUUGAAGAAGAUCACAUUGAACAAAUGAUUCAGGAGUUGCUUCAUUAUGGAUCAAUUGAGCUUUGUUCUGUUAUUCCACCACAGUCUCAUUGACUUUUCAGUAAUACUAUUUCACUUUUUCUUUUUUUUUUCCUUUUUCGCACUCUGGUUUUCCGGAGAAUGGUGCCCUACUAAUCCAAAAUUCGUGUCGAGAGAUCAUGACACUGGCCAAACAUUAUUUCCCGAACCUUCGUUCUUUAGCCAUAACUCGUUUAUCACUGGAGCCCGCCCAAGUGUUUGGUUCACUUCACAUUCUUGUUAAGCUAAUUUUAACUAAAUUACUAUGAUUAAUGCUUUAGGCAUUUACCAGCUAGUGUCCAUUUUUGGUCCUAGAUUAUUUAUCUAAGUGACCUAUUGGACAAUGUUGUUAUUAUUAUUGUUAUUACUAUGUACAUUCAAUUAUGUUGUCA